GUCGGGUGAGUCCCGUGGUGACGGACAAACGGUCUCCGCGUCACUCCGCGAAUUCAAAAUGCCAAUUACAGAAAUAAUCGAAUGACGAGAAUCUAUGCAUUAUCGUUGUAUAUUUACGAAACGCCAUUGCGGUAAUUUUGGAUAGCGCGUUGCGUAAUGGCGGGUUUCGACUGUAUGCGUUAUUACAUCUAGUUAUGGAUUAAUAUCGAUUGUGGAGAUGUACACCGAAUGAAUGUAGGACAGUGUUAGCAGUCACUGUGUCUAGGUCAGACGUUUUCGGUACCGCUUGUUUUUAGAUGUAUCCUAACGAAUUCGUGUCGAUAUCUGUCAAUAUUUGUGUAAUUUUAUUGCCAAUGAACGGAAACGGAAGUCAAUGACAAUAGAGCAAUUAUUAAUGUUAGUGUUACAAGUGUAGUGUUUAAAAAUACUGUAAAUUUUAUAUUUAUAGUGCAUUUUAAUUUGUUUGUAAAAUAAAGUGGUUUAAAGGAAAAUGUUUGGCGUUUUGAUGAAACGAUGGAAACCAAAAAGGAUAUCAAACAAUGACCGAGACGAGAGUCCUGUUACCGACGGCAAUGUCCCACCAGAGCCACCUGACCGGCCGCCCGGGAAACCUCGUCAAAUACACCCCGAAGAUAAAACUCAAGUUUUGGCAUACGACUCCUCGUGUCGACGUAGAAACAAACCCAAAACGCUACCCAUAGAUGAGAACCAUUACAAUCAUUUAGCUAAUACGAAUGUACUGAAUUCUCCGAUGUAUCCGUUGACGCCGAACAUUUGCAUCGAGGGGGGUAAGAUUGAGUUCAUAAAAUCGCCGCCGGGGAGUGCUAGAAAUAGUUUGGCGCUAGCCUCGCCCCCUCAGACCCCGUUGUUAGCGCGGCGCGGCUCUCGGGAGAAACGUGAAGCACGGAUUUAUGACGAGCCGACUGAGAAGUUCGACGGUGACAAGGAACUGUUGGAAAAACGAAUUAAGCAGCUCGAGGCUCAGCUGGAGGAAGAGAAGAGAAGAACACAGAAGGAACGGAUGGCGGUCACGAAGCUACAGAACAAAUUGAUAAAGCGCGAGGGAGCGGCUCGCAACGAUGCGGAGCGCGAGAGGCGGGCGCGCGGCGACUGGGAGGCGAGGGCGCGCGCCGCCGAGGCUGAUGCUGCGAAGCUCGCCGGGAAACUCCACGCUGCACAGAGGGAGAUUACCAGGUAAAUAAUGCGAACUUAAGAAUCGUAAGUAAAAUUUCUCCUUGAAACUUUGAAAGCGCUCAAUUCGCUUCGCAUUGUACAGGUAGCUUCAAUUUAGCCCUUUUUGGAACUAAAAAGCACUUAAAACUUUGAAGCUUCAGACAGGGGCCUCUCAUCUCGUCUAGACUUACAGGACAUCAAAGUUUCUUCAAAAGAUUUUUUAUGAAUCAAGUCAGCCAUUUAUUGGUACGGUUGGAAGAAGCAUAGACUUUUUGUUUUCUUGCAGUGGUUUUAUCGAAAAG